AUGAGUAUAUAUAAUUUAGAUAAAUUUAAAUCUCUUAAAAAAGAGCUAUGUCAAAAACUAAAUCUGAUUUUAAGUUGGAAAAGAAUAGGAGACUUAUGUGCAUCUGAGUUAUAGUCUGGUUUACCAGAAUGCGUCAAUUUAACUUAGUUAAACCUACAACUAGAGAUGAACGAAAUAAGAAAUGAUGGAAUCAGUGAAAUUAUAAACUCUAUUGCUAAUUGCUAGAAACUGGAAUAAAUCAGCAUUAAUUUAAGUCACAACCUUAUUGGAGUUAAAGGUGCUUAAAAUCUAGGAAUAGGACUUUCUUUGUGUCCAAAUGUUUAUGAUAUAUCUUUAAACUUAAACAAGAAUUAAAUUGUCUAAAAUGGAGCUAUAGGCAUAUGUAAAGGGCUUGCAUAAUGCAUUAAUCUUUAAAAUUUAUAGUUAAUUUUGAACAAUAAUAGUGUUCAAGACGCAGGAAUUUAUGGUUUAGCUUAAGAAUUAGCUAAAUGCUAAAAUUUAAUUAAACUUAAUUUAUCUUUAAAGUAUAAUUAAAUCAAGAAUAAAGGAAUUUCUAAUUUUGGCGAUGAAAUAGUAAAGUUCCCUAAAUUAAUGGAUCUUAUAAUCACACUUGAAUAAAAUUUGAUCUAGGAUGAAGGUAUUGUCUAUAUGUCUCAAAAAUUAGGAGAACAUAAGAUUUUAAAGCUUUUAAACCUAGAUUUAUAUGAUAAUGAAUUUGGAGACACAGGAGCUUCUGGUAUAGGUGUUGGAUUAUCUCAAAGUUAGUCAUUAAAAUAAUUAAGCUUAACAUUAGGUAAAAACAAGAUUACGGAUUUAGGGAUAUCUGAUUGUUUCUAAGAACUAGCUAUUUGUGAAACAAUAUCUUCAAUAACUUUAAUAACAUCUUAACUAUAAAUAAAAGAUAAAGGAAUGAAAGGAAUAGGAGAUGCGUUAUCUUAGUAUUCUAAUCUUUCAACAAUCUAUUUUAAUCUUUAUAAUAAUGGAAUAACUGAUUAAGGACUAUCGAAAUUUUCAUAAGGGUUAGAAAUAUGCAUAAAUUUAGUGAAUAUUUCUAUUAAUCUAAUAUAAAAUAAUAUUGGAGAUAAAGGAAUUGGUUCUCUAUCACAGAAGUUACCUCAUCUAAGAUACCUAACAUCUUUACAACUUUUAUUAGCAAAGAAUAAGAUACAAAAAAAAGGAGCUAGCUCUCUUGGGUUAAGUUUAUCUUAAUGUGCUAAUUUAUCUUCAUUACAAAUUAAUUUAGAUGAAAACUAGCUAGAUUAAUAAGCUAUUACUGACUUAACUAGCAAUUUGGCAAACUGCACCAAUCUUAAAGCUAUUUCUAUAGAUUUAUACAAAUCAGGGGUGUAGGACAAAGGUGUUACAGGAUUGGGAAUAGGAAUUUCUAAAAUACAGUCAUUAGUUUCAUUAGAUUUAAAUCUAAACAGUAAUUCCAUUAGAGAUCAAGGUGUUUAAAGCUUAAUUUUUGGAAUAGCUAAAUGCUAAAAUUUAUGUAGAUUAAACCUUAACCUGAAUAUGAAUGAGAUAGAUGAUGAAGGAGCUGGAAGCUUGGGAUAGGGUUUAUCAUAAUGCUAAAAACUAGCUGAUUUAAUACUUAAUAUUAAAUACAAUAAAUAUAAUCCUGAAGGUUAAAUUCAGUUUGCAAAAGGUCUAAGAAAGUGUAAACGCUUGAAAUUUUUAAAUCUAACCAUAAGUAAUUAGUUGAAUUUGAAUCCAGUUUUAUUCAAGAUUCUGAGAUUAGUUUUGUAUAAAAUGAAUUGA